AUGCCUCUGGCUUCCUACUGCUACCUGCGGGUCGUGGGCAAGGUGACACUUGUGAAGCACCGGCGGGUUGGCAAGCAGUACGUCAUCAAAAAACUGAACCUCUGAAAUGCCUCUAGCCGAGAGCGGCAAGCUGCUGAACAGGAAGCCCAGCUCUUGUCUCAGCUGAAGCAUCCCAACAUUGUCACCUACAAGGAGUCCUGGGAGGGAGGAGACGGUCUACUCUACAUUGUCAUGGGCUUCUGUGAAGGAGGUGAUCUGUACCGAAAGCUCAAGGAACAGAAAAGGCAGCUUCUGCCUGAGAAUCAGGUGGUAGAGUGGUUUGUACAGAUCGCCAUGGCUUUACAGUAUUUACAUGAAAAGCACAUCCUUCAUCGAGAUCUGAAAACUCAAAAUGUCUUCCUAACAAGAACAAACAUCAUCAAAGUGGGGGACCCAGGAAUUGCCCGCGUGUUAGAGAACCACUGCGACAUGGCUAGCACCCUCAUUGGCACACCCUACUACAUGAGCCCUGAAUUGUUCUCAAACAAACCCUACAACUCUAAGUCUGAUGUUUGGGCUCUAGGAUGCCGUGUCUAUGAAAUGGCUACCCUGAAGCAUGCUUUCAAUGCAAAAGAUAUGAAUUCUUUAGUUUAUCAGAUUAUUGAAGGAAAGCUGCUGCCAAUGCCAAGAGAUUAUAGCCCAGAGCUGGCAGAACUGAUAAGAACAAUGCUGAGCAAAAGGCCUGAAGAAAGGCCGUCUGUGAGGAGCAUCCUGAGGCAGCCUUAUAUCAAGCGCCAAAUCUCCUCCUUUUUGGAGGCCACAAAGACAAAAAUGUCCAAAAAUAACAUUAAGAAUGGUGACUCUAAAUCCAAGCCUGUUGCUAUAGUGGUUUCCAGAAAGGCAGAAUCAAAUCAUGAAGUAAUCCACCCUCAACCACACUCUUCUGAAGGUUCUCAGACAUAUAGAACAGUUGAAGGCAAAUGUUUGUCUGAGGAGAAACCCAGGGUCUCUGGUCCCUUGAAGUCACCUGCCAGCCUGAAAGCCCAUACCUGCAAACAGGACUUGAGCAAUACCACAGAACUAGCCACAAUCAGUAGGGUAAAUAUUGACAUCUUACCUGCAAAAGGGAAGGACUCAGUGAGCGAUGGCUUUGUUCAGGAGAAUCAGCCAACACUCUUGGAUGCCUCUAAUGAGUUAGGAGGUAAAUGCAGUAUUUCUCAAGUGGAAAAGGAGAUGCCGCAGGACAACACUAAAUCCAGUGCUCAGCCUGAAAACCUGAUUCCCAUGUGGUCCUCUGACAUCACGGGGGAAAAGAAUGAACCAUUGAAGGCUCUGCAGCCCCUAAUCAAAGAACAAAAGCCAAAAGACCAGGAUCAAGUUGCUGGUGAAUAUAUUAUAGAAAAACAGGGCAGAAUCCACCCGGAUUUACAGCCACACAACUCUCGAUCUGAACCUUCCCUGCCGCGACAGCAAUGGCAGAAGAGAGAACAGACUGAGCACAGAGGGGAAAAGAGACAGGAUCGACCAUUAUCAGCCAGAGAGAGGAGGCGACUAAAGCAGUCACAGGAAGAAAUGUUCUCUUCAGGUCCUUCAGUGAGGAAAGCUUCUCCGAGUGCAGCAGGGCCAGGGAAACUCCAGGAGGAAGACCAGCCCAUGCCUGCCCGACGGCUCUCUUCUGACUGCAGCGUCACUCAGGAAAGGAAAUUGAUUCAUUGUCUCCCUGAAGAUGAGUUAAGUUCUUUUACAAGUUCAACUGAUAAGUCAGAUGAGGAUUCCAAGGAAGGGAAAGAUCAGACAAAUGAAAUUAAUGCCUUGGUACCAUUGAUGACUCAGACCCUGAAACUGGAUUCUAAAGAGAGCUGUGAAGAUCUCCUAGUAGCAAAUCCAGUGUCCGAAUUCAGACUUCAUCGGAAAUUUCGGGACACACUGAUGCUUCAUGGGAAAGUUGCAGAAGAGGCAGAGGAACUCCAUUUUAAAGAGCUACCUUCAGCUAUCGUGCUAGGUUCUGAAAAGAUCAGGAGACUAGUUGAAGUCUUGAGAGCUGAUGUAAUUUGGGGCCUGGGAGUUCAGCUUUUAGAGCAGGUGUAUGAUCUUUUGGAAGAGGAAGAUGAAUUCGAGAGAGAGGUACAUUUGCAGGAGCACAUGGGUGAAAAGUGUACAACUUACAGUGUGAAAGCUCGCCAGUUGAAAUUUUUUGAAGAAAACGUGAAUUUUUGA